AUGUCUAACGAUCGCAAGGUUCAAGAUUCGCCUGCGAAAACCCUUCGAGACUUAUCAUCGAUCCAAGAGAAUAGAUUUUGCUUCGACUGCGGCCAAAGAUGUCCAACCUACGUAAAUAUUUCCAUAGGGUCCUUCGUGUGUACAGGCUGCGGUGGCGCAUUACGAAAGUACAAUCAGAGGGUGAAGUCCAUUUCAAUGUCAAAUUUUAACUCACAGGAAGUUAACUUUAUGAAACGCAGAGGCAAUAAAGCAUGUAGUAAGAUAUACCUAGCUCUCUGCAAUGGCGAAGAACCAGAUGAACGUGAAAAUAACUUUGAUGAUUACCUUCGCCUUAAGUAUCAAGUUCAGAAAUGGUAUCGCAGUCCAGAUUCACAGGUAGAAGAAGAGGCACUGAAAGAAAAUGAAGAGGCUCUAUCUCGGUUAUCGCAGAACUCCACUCAGAAGCCAAAUCACGUCAGUGUAAAUGCAGCAGCAGGUUUGAUAAUUAUGAACAAUCGUCCUGCCCACAACCCACUUCCUAAACCAGCUUCUCAAAGUCAUUCCACGAGUGAAGCUUCAUCUAGUAAAAAUCCGGAUUAUAGCACUACUUCCAUUUCAACUGUCUCACCACAACAGCAUAUACCCUCCCUAUUCUCGAAUAUGCCUGUUAAGGAGGCAAAGCCUACUCCUGAUCCUACUGCAGUCUUUGAUCCGUUUGCUGAUUUCGUCGCUGCUAGACCAACAAAUUCGGUUUUACAGCCCUCUUUCUUUACACAAACUGCUACAACGGCACCGACUCUGAGUUCAUCGGACCUCUUUCAACCCGUCCACCCAACGCAUUCCUUUCCUGCUCAAUCUAUUCCAUCCGCUUCCAAUGACCUAUUUUCUACCGCAAAUCAACCACCCCAGUCGGCAACAGCUCCAUCUUCGUCGUAUCUCAUAGCCUCUGCCUUCAAUCCACCACCACCUGUUUCAGCUGAUAAAUACGCAGCUUUAGCUGAACUUGACAGAAUGGGAAGGUCAACUGCGGCUAAACAGCAACCUUCUGUCCCUACUCCAAACUCCUCGUCGGGGAUGUUUUUUGGACCCGUGAACCCAGGUCAAAAGAAUCCAUUUGGACCUCCAACUUACAAUCCAUUCCAGACUCCAGCUCCUGAUAUUGGCAAUCCAUUCGCUACCAUUCAGAAAAAUAAUGCAACUACUGCCGCCACAUCAUCCCUGGGGCAGAAUUCGUUCAAUCCAUUCAUUGUAAGUCAUUUUUAUUGCAUUUUAACAUCAACCGUUGGCUGUAGUUUAUAA